CCCUCAGUUGGAAGCAUUCAGACCUGAACUGCUGGCUCUUGAAGAUCUGCAGCUGGAGACGCACACAUUUGGUGGACCAAAUUAUAAAACUGGGAGCAAAAGGCCUCUUGAGACAACAUGCUGCUCUUGAUGUUUCUGGCUGCCACUGCUUCCUCUGUGGUCGGUUGGAGUGAGUGGGGAGCCACUUAUACGCCACUGAAGAUCUGCGCGGUUGAAGGAUCAACUGUGAGGAUUAACUGCGUGUACAAACAUCCUUCAUAUGUUUAUAUUCAAAGAGAAAUGUGGUUUUAUGGUCCUUGGGAUUACCACAAAAUGGUCGAUGGAGAAACCACAGUGUAUCACACAGAUGAGCAGGAAGUGUCCAUCAGUCACAUGAACCGAGUUCAGUUCUUGGGGAACAAAAACAAAAUGUGCUCCAUAAAUAUCAGCAACGUGAGCAGAGAGGAGAGCGGCUUCUACAAGUUUAGAUUUGAGGGGUCGGGUUUCACACAAUACUGGACCGAAGUGCCGGGAGUCAACGUGAUCAUCACAGGUCUAACGGUUGAAGCAUCAGCAAAGAAGGUAAAGGAAAAUGACACAGUAACCCUGAGGUGCAAAACCAACUGCAGUCUUUAUGGCAGCGUCUUCUCCUGGUUCAGAAAUGGACAACGCUUAAAUCAAAACUUAAGGGAGCAUCACAUCCUCAGAGUCUCCUAUAAGGACCAUGCCAGCUUCUCUUGUCAGAUUGGCAAUGUCUCAUCCCCAGAGCUUCUACUAAAUGUUGAGUAUGCUCCCAAGAAUACAUUUAUCACAGUUAAGCCCUCCACUCAUAUAGAAGAAGGGAAAUCGGUGACAUUACAUUGCAAAGCUUUGGCAAACCCGCAUGGCACCUACACCUGGGUCAAGGAGAACACCAGCCAUGUAGAAACAGGGGAGCAACUCCACAUCAGUGAGUUUAACAAAAGUCACCAGGGUUCUUAUUACUGUGAAGCCACAAACAACUAUGGGAUGACAAAGUCUGCAGCAGUCCAACUGACAAUAAAUGAAAGCAUGAAUGGCUCAGAGAACAUGAAUUAUCUUCUGUAUCCUUUAUUGGGUGUUGUCAUCCUAGCAGGACUGGCAUUGGCAAUUUUUGUAUUUCUAAGAAAAAGGACCAAGAAGACAAAUCAGCAAAAUGGAGACGUCCAAGGAAGAAAUGAGACUGCCAUAAGUCCUGUCUAUGAAGACUUACCCAAUGCCGAACCUGCUCAACAGAAUAAAGAGGAAGACGAGCUCACUUUGAAUUACAUGACUGUGCAGUUUAAAUCUCACCCUAGUAAGAUAAUGCAAGACAAAGAAGAAGAAGAAAAGACAGCAGACCAUGAUGAAGACAUCAUCUACACUGCAAUAGUCAUAAAGCGAUGUCUCACCGCUGAAGAUGCUCCUCCUGAUGUUUUUGGCCACAGUUUCCUGUGCAUAUGGUCUGGUCAUUACGCUACAAGAAAGACUCAGCACCUCUACAAGCUCUGCAGAGAAGAACAAGCAGGUUGGGGUCAAUGGGGGGUCACUUAUGAGCCGAAGAUGAUCUGCGCAGCUGAAGGAUCAACGGUGACGAUUGGGUGUUCAUACUGGCAUCCAGCAAAUAUUAAAGUGAAAUAUGAAAUGUGGUUUUAUGAUUAUAAUAAAAACAGCACACAUAAUACUAGAGAGAACAACAUUUAUCACACAAAUGAUCAUAUUGAGCUCAUCAGAUACAGAAACCGAGUUCAGUUCUCAGGGAACAAAAACAAAAUGUGCUCUGUGAGGAUCAGCGAUGUGAGAAGAGAGGAGAGCAGAUACUACAAGUUUAGAUUUGAGGGAGAUGGAUAUGGACAACAAUGGACUGGAGUGCCGGGAGUCAGCGUGACAGUCACAGGUCUAAAGAUUGAAGCAACAGCACCGACAGUGAAAGAAAAUGACGCGGUGACCCUGACGUGUACAACGACCUGCAGUCUCACCAACGGGGUCUUCACCUGGUACAGAAAUCAACAACGUUUAAGAGGAACCUCACAGACGCUUGUCAUUCAGCGAGUCUCCUACGAGGACCACGGCAGUUACUGGUGUCAGACUGAAGUCACGACGUCCCCAGCAUAUCAACUGAAUGUCAUGUAUGCCCCCAAGAAUGUUGUCAUCUCAGGACCGCACACCAUUUGUGUAGAAGAAGGGACGUCUAUGACUUUAUACUGCACAGCCAUUGCAAACCCACCUGGCACCUACACCUGGGUGAAAGACAACAUCAGCAUACCAGGAUCAGGAGAACAUCUGCAGUUCACCAGGGCUGACCUGAGUGCUGCGGGGUCUUAUCAAUGUGAAGUCACAAACAUCUACGGGGCGACAAAGUCUGCAGCUGUCACCCUGGUGGCAAACCGUCUAAAGAUUGAAGCAACAGCAGAGACAGUGAAAGAAAAUGAUGCUGUGACCCUGAGGUGUACAACGACCUGCAGUCUGCCACACAGGGUCUUCUCCUGGUACAGAAAUGGACAUCCUGUGAAUGAAACCUCAGCGCAGCUUGUCAUUCAGCGAGUCUCCUUAGGGCACCACGGCAGUUACUCGUGUCAGACUGGAAUCACGAAGUCCCCAGCAUUUCUACUGGAUGUCCAGUAUGCCCCCAAGAAUGUUGUCAUCUCAGGACCGCCCACCAUUUGUGUAGAAGAAGGGACGUCUGUGUCUUUAUACUGCACAGCUACUGCAAACCCGCCUGGCACCUACACCUGGGUGAAAGACAACAUCAGCAUAGUAGGAUCAGGAGAACAUCUACAGAUCAGCAGGGUUGAUCUGAGUGCUGCGGGGUCUUAUCAAUGUGAAGUCACAAACAUCUACGGGGCGACAAAGUCUGCAGCUGUCACCCUGGUGGUAAACCGUCUAAAGAUUGAAGCAACAGCACAGACAGUGAAAGAAAAUGUCGUGGUGACCCUGACGUGUACAACGACCUGCAGUCUCACCAACGGGGUCUUCACCUGGUACAGAAAUCAACAACGUUUAAGAGGAACCUCACAGAUGCUUGUCAUUCAGCGAGUCUCCUACGAGGACCACGGCAGUUACUGGUGUCAGACUGGAGUCACGACGUCCCCAGCAUAUCAACUGAAUGUCGUGUAUGCCCCCAAGAAUGUUGUCAUCUCAGGACCGCCCACCAUUUGUGUAGAAGAAGGGACGUCUAUGACUUUACACUGCACAGCCAUUGCAAACCCGCCUGGCACCUACACCUGGGUGAAGGACAACAUCCGCGUACCAGGAUCAGGAGAACAUCUACAGAUCAGCUGGGUUGACCUGAGUGCUGUGGGGUCUUAUCAAUGUGAAGUCACAAACACCUACGGGACGACAAAGUCUGCAGCUGUCACCCUGGUGGUAAACCGUCUAAAGAUUGAAGCAACAGCAGAGACAGUGAAAGAAAAUGACACGGUGACCCUGAGGUGUACAACGACCUGCAGUCUCGCCAACGGGGUCUUCUCCUGGUACAGAAAUGGACAUCGUGAAGAUGAAACCUCAGCGCAGCUUGUCAUUCAGCGAGUCUCCUUAGGGCACCACGGCAGUUACUGGUGUCAGACUGGAAUCACGAAGUCCCCAGCAUUUCUACUGGAUGCCCAGUAUGUCCCCAAAAAUGUCAUCAUCACAGGACAGGCCAAUAUGAGUAUAGAAGAAGGGGAAUCGGUGACUUUAAACUGCACAGCCUCAGCAAACCCACCCAGCAACUACACCUGGGUGAAGGAGAACAGCGGCCAAGUAGGAUCAGGAGAACAUCUACACAUCAGCACGUUCAACAGAUGUCACACUGGCUGUUAUCACUGUGAAGCUACAAACAUCUACGGGACGACAAAGUCUGCAGCUGUCACCCUGACGGUAAACGCGGAUGUGAGUUGUUCAGGGACAUGGAAUUCGUAUGCUGCGCUCUAUGCCUUGCUGGGUAUUGCCAUCCUAGUAUUACUGGCAUUGGGAGUGUUCAUAUUUGUAAGGAGAAGGUCCCAGAAGACAAAUCAGGAAAAUGGUGACAUCCAAGGAAGAAAAGAGAAUUCCAAAGACAACAUCUAUGAAAACGUAUCUGCGCCUAAUGAGGAACCUGCACGGCAGACUGAGGGUGACCAGGGCGACCAAACUCUGAAUUACGCAUCUGUGCAGUUUAAGACCAACCUAAAGAAAAGUACACAAGCCAAGGAAGAACCAAAUAAAAAAGAUGAAGCAGAGAACAAUGGAGACAUCAUCUACACUUCAGUUGCCAGGAAGUGAUGAGGCGUGUGAGUGCAUUUGAACCCUGACAACAUAAAGAUGGCUGAGCACAACUGGACUGGUGUGGAAUUUAGUGAAGCGACUGCCUUCAUCAAAGAGGAUGUCCAUAAUCUGGGGAGAGAUAAAACACAUUUAUGACCUUCUGAACUGUGCGUGAAUGGCAGCCAGCGCCGACCCUGUAUGUCAGCCAACAGAUAAAGCCAGUCUUUAAUGACCAUUAUUCAUGUCCAUUCCCAGCUGAUUUCUUGUCAGAAAGUGGUAUACUCCCUCAACUAAGCUGUCGACAAGGACGUAUUUUCUCAAAUUAAAAGAGUGUGCACAAUGCUGUAAAGUGGCAGAAUGUUUGAAUCUAAAAAGUCCUUCCUUCCAAAACAUUCAGUCAGUUUUCCAAAAUGUCAGUGAAGGAGGAAAGUAGCAGAGCUGUGGCUGAACUGAUGGCCAGGAGGUUUUUUCUUUUUCUUAUUUUUUUGAUGUGUCAAUAAAAAGAUUUUGCAAAAUGACGAAGGUCCAAGUCGUUAGAGUCCUGGUGUUUUGCUAGAUGGUUGCGAG